GAGUCAGAGUUACCGUCAGAACUGAAUAAUGAAGGAUACUGUGAUUUUAACAGCAGGCCAAAUGAGAACUCUUACUGCUAUCAGCUCCUGCAGGAGCUCAACGAGCAGAGGAAGAAAGGCAUUCUUUGUGACGUUAACAUUGUGGUGAGUGGGAGGGUCUUCAGAGCUCACAAGAACAUCCUGGUUGCAGGCAGCCGCUUCUUUAAGACUCUGUAUUGCUUUACAAACAAAGAGAGCAGGAACCAAACCACUGUUACCUAUUUAGACGUUGUUGCUGUUCAAGGUUUUUCUGUCAUCUUGGACUUCUUGUAUUCUGGUAACCUCGUGCUUACGAGCCAAAAUGCCAUUGAAGUGAUGUCGGUGGCCAGCUACCUUCAGAUGACGGAGGUUGUCCAGUCCUGCCGCAACUUCAUUAAAGAUGCCUUAAACAUAAGUAUAAAAUCAGAAGCUCCAGAGACCGUUGUCGUGGAUUACAACAGAAGAUCUGUCAGUAGGGAUGGUUUGUCUCCAAGGGAUCAGAAAGUUGCCAGCUUCUGGGCAACACGAAACCUUACCAACUUGGCAAGCAGCAUAAAAACUGAGAACGACGGAUACUCGAUUGAUGAGGGCCAAAUGGAAAGCUACCAAAUGAACGACUGCAGUUGGGUCCAGGACAGCUCACCUGAAAUGGCUGAAAAUGAAUCUCAAGGUGAGGGAAAAGUUUUUGUAUGGAAUGACAUGGGCACACAGGGACAAUCAGUUCAAGAACCUGGCAAAGCGAGAAGGAAAAACCAAACUGCCAAGAGAUUUAUUUAUAAUAUACCACCUAAUACUGAAGAGAACUCUGAAGAUUGCUCAGUAUUGCAACCAUCGGUCCCAUAUCCAGAAGAAGAUUUGUCAUUUAUUAAAGAAGAAGCAGGUACUUCAAGUGACUUCAAGUAUGGACUGCUCCCGGGUACUUCAAGUGACUUCAAGUAUGGACUGCUCCCGGGUACUUCAAGUGAUUUCAAGUAUGGACUGCUUCCGGGUAGUUCAAGUGACUUCAAGUAUGGACUGCUGCCAGAAUCUUGGCCAAAAGAAGCUUGGGAAAACGGUGAUUCCUCUGCUUUAAUCAUGAACAAGUUGAAGUGUCCACACUGUAAUUAUGUAGCCAAAUACAGAAGAACACUAAAGAGACACUUGCUCAUUCACACAGGCGUGAGAUCUUUCAGUUGUGACAUCUGUGGGAAGCUGUUUACUCGAAGAGAGCAUGUAAAGAGACAUUCCUUGGUGCAUAAAAAGGAUAAAAAGUAUAAAUGUAUGGUGUGUAAGAAGAUUUUCAUGCUGGCGGCCAGCGUUGGAAUAAGACACGGAUCGCGACGUUACGGAGUUUGUGUAGACUGUGCAGAUAAAUCUCAGCCUGGAGGGCAGGAGGGAGCAGACCAGGUGCAGGACACAGAUUUCCCUAGGGAUGAAGAAUAUGAGGAAAAUGAAGUAGGAGAAGGUGAUGAGGAGCUUGGUGACGAUGUGGAAGAACAGAAUGACCAGUCUCGGUGGGAUGAAUCCGGGGAAGUCUGUAUGCCCUUGGAGGACUGACAGCGUGUGACUUGGGGGUGCUGCCGGCGGGCACGCUGCGGGUUGGCUGUGGGAGCUUCUGGACUGAAGGCUUGCGAGACGUGGUACAGGCUGGAUGGUAGUUACGUUGCUGUGAAAAAUGUAGGGUCAAAGCCUUAUAGCAAAAAAGGAUUAUUAAUUUUUUUAUUAUAUUUGCACAGGACUGUACAGCAUACAACCAUUUGGUUGAAUUAUACAGAGUCCUCACAUCUACAGUCAGUUAUCAAAAGAAAAAUGUAUUUUUUAUUAUUUAUAGGAUAUAGCUACUUGGGUCCUGUUCAGACAUAGUAGUACCUGUACUUAUGUUACACAUUCAUGUGUCUGUUGACAUGAAUGAAGAAAAUUGCAACUUGGUAUGGAAAUACAAAGACAGCUUUCCCAAAUCCACUCGUAGUUUGGCAGUGAAGCAGCGAAGCUAAUUUGGGCUGGUGGCUCUUGCUCCCACAAGUAUGUCUUUGCCAUACGAACCUUACCUCCCGUACUCUGACAGGUGAAAGCCAAUCAUUUAAAUGUGCAUCACAGAUAAUGCCAACACCGUAUUGAAAUUAGGUUUUAAAAAUUUUUGGCUCUGUUCUGGCAGGUGGUAUAAGUGAUAAGCACUGGA